AUGGCCAACCCAUUCAACACAAGCGACGCCAAUGUUUCUUUUGAGCAAGAUCAAGACGCUAUUCUGCUCACAUCACAUGUCCUAGAGACGCACACGACGACGAUAGUUACUCCAGAAAAGCAUCUUUUGUAUGUGGAAAAUUAUGAUAGCAUGCCCCCAUCUUACAGUGAUACACAACAACAAGGCCAGCAGACACUGCACAUGUCGAGUGAAGCAGUGCGGGGCGAUGUCUAUGAUAAUAGCAGUAGAUUGAACGAAGAGCCAGAGCUAGAAACAGCGCCUCUGAUGGCAGCAGAACAAGCACAAGAUGAUCAUUACCGCUACCCGCCCACAGCGCCAUCCAUAGAUCAAAUGGAGUUUGGCUUACGUCGUGAUUCCUAUAGCAACCCAAAGACGACAAAGACAAGGAAGAGGUGCUCCGUGUAUCGCGCGUAUCUAGCAUUCGCCAUCUUUGCCAUAGGCACCACACUCAUGUCUGCCAUUCUCGCUGUCAUUGAUUGCUACAACGUUUGCGAAGAAAAUCAAAACUGUGAUAGAUGUCCAAGAGUACGUCGAGAAGGAUUCACAGCGUUUUGUUACAUUACCUUUAUCUUGGCUAGCAUUGCCGUCAUGGGCAGGGCGGCUCAAUGCAUCUUGUCCUAA